AAAGGAUUACUCGACGGAAGGGAUGAGUGAUUCAAAUCUGGCAUUACUUCAGAACUUAAGGGAAUUUGGUUUAGUUUAUCAAAGAAAACGAAAAGACGGCAGAUUUUAUCCGACAAGACUUGCCAUUAAUCUCGUGAGUGGUCUCAAAGACACAUCGCUUCACAGCAAAAGAUCUGGUUUUAUAAUAGUUGAGACCAACUAUAGGGUCUACGCUUACACUGACUCAACCAUUCAGAUCGCAUUACUGGCCAUUUUCACUGAAAUGCAGUACCGGUUCCCGAAGUUUGUGUUGGGAGUGAUCACCCGAGAGAGCCUCCACAACCAGAACCCCAUAAUUCCCGGCACUGUUGUCGACCAGAUAUCCCUUUGGGAGCAGGAGAGGGACCGACUUAUCUAUAAAGACGGUGUUCUUUACAGUCAAUUCAAUUCGCAGCCGGACUUUGAUUUACUCAAGAAAUACGCGAACGAUCUGGGUGUUCUCAUUUGGAGUAAUCCUCAACGNGGCGUGUGUAUAGGAUCUGGGUGUUCUCAUUUGGAGUAA